CCCCCCCCCUCCCCUUUGUCCUGGAAUAGUUUGAUUCAUGAAUUUAAGUAAACAAAACAAGAUUUAAUAACGAGGAAUUUUUGAGAGGGUUGUAACAGUAACAUUUUCUUGAAGGGUCAAAAUCAGUCUGGCAGUGGUGGAGCAGGACAAGGUGAUAAAAAGGAGGAUAAGGUUUGUAAACAUGUCUAUGUCAAGCAAAUUUUGAUUAAAUUAUCAGACCCAGCAUUGGCUAAAAUUUGUUUAAUCCAUUUAAAGGACAAGCGCAAAAAGUAUGAACCGCCUGUACCAACAAGAGUUGGUAAGAAACAGAAAAAACUCAAAGGACCUGAAGCAGCUAAUAAAUUGCCGCAAGGUAUGUAUGAUUCCUCUACCAAACACCAUAUGUUUUCACACCAUAAAUCCAGUUUCUUCCUAUAGUAAACCAGAGAAGAAACACACAGAAGCCAUUGAUUUUGGCAUAACCAUUCCAAUGCUAUCGCCAUAUUCCUAGCCAGUCACUUACAAGAGGUGUUCACCCCCUAAAAAUAUUCAAAAUGGCACACAUUCAAGGGGGUUAAUGCCUCUCGUAAGGGCAUAGGUAGCAGUGUUUACACUAUUCGACUAUACCCAUACUGUGCUGGAUGUAAUUUUCAAGUGAUAAUUUUCACUACCAUUUUCACAACCUUGUGUAGUUACUCCUCACAAGAACUGCAGGUUGAAGUUGCUCAAACUGGAGAGAAUUAAGGAUUUCUUGCUGAUGGAAGAUGAAUUCAUCCAAAAUCAAGAACGACUGAAGCCACAAGAAGAGAAGAAUGAAGUAAUGAAAUAGCCACCAGGGGUGUAUACAGUACCUCCCUGGAAAUGACUCCAUGGUGUGGGGUGCAAGCCCUCUUACAUUACAAUGCAGCACCUCGCAGGGAAAUGUGGCAGCAAUUGACCCUUUAAGUGGCAAUGUGCCCUACUUUAUUAUUUUACUUGUCAAGGGGAGAGUGCUGCCACUCAAUGGGUUAAUAGAAGUUUGUAAUGGCAAUGGACAUUUCCAUGGAAGCUCUGCAUGCACCAACCCCCUCUCCACUCAAUAAUACUAAAUUUCCCCUUGAAAUAUUGGAGAACAAUUUAGAACUGAUAGACCUAUCCAGAAUAAAAAGCUAGGUAAUAGUUUAGUUCAGUUUUUAGAUACAAAACUUCUUCUAUGUGUAUAAGUUGGGAGCUCCCCUGUCAUUUGCCCCUUUUGGGCACACUCAACUAAAUUCAGAAACUGCAGUAGAAAAAUUGAGAAAUAUCUUACCUGAUAGCUGACAAACGUCAUGAAACCGCAAUUUGGAGCUUGCAUCUUAGUAUCUUACAAAUGAUCUUGCUUGACAAAGACCCUCCAACUUGUGUUUAUUUUUAUAAACAGGAAGAGAGAUCAAAAGUAGAUGAACUUCGAGGGACUCCAAUGUCUGUUGGUACUCUGGAAGAAAUCAUUGAUGAUAACCAUGCUAUAGUAUCAACGUCAGUCGGGUCAGAACAUUAUGUCAAUAUACUGUCCUUUGUUGAUAAAGACUUGUUGGAACCUGGCUGUACUGUCUUACUUAAUCAUAAGGUAAAUGGUUUGAAAGAUGUAACAAAUUUACAAGAUGUAACAAAUUUACAGCAAACAGCAAAUGCUGUUCCAACAACUUGUCAAUCAGGAUGUGUUUGGAAGUUGUAAAUGGCUUGUUGACGACUUGCUACAAGGUUGUCGAGCUCAACAACUUGUUAUCAUGCUGCUAUUCAACAAUUUGUCAACAAGUUGUGAGUGACAACCUUGUAGCAACUUGAUAAAAUAACAACAUUGUUACAACUUGUUGACAAGCUUGCUACAAGCCUGUUGCGAACACGUCUUGUUGACAAGUUGUGAGUGACGACCUUGUAGCAACUUGAUAAAAUAACAGUAUUGUUACAACUUGUUGACAAGCUUGCUACAAGCCUGUUGCAAACACAUCUUGUUGACAAGCUUGCUACAAACCUGUUGCGAACACAUCUUGUUGACAAAUUGUGAGAUUUUUACUUGUGUAUAGUAUGAAAAUAAGCAGUGAGCUUCAUAUGACUAAAGACCUUCAGCAUUAAGACUAGUAUAACUGAAUAGGGAUCCAUGAAACAUCAAAAGGUGCAAAAUAACUAUCCAUUUCAUUUGAAUGCCCCCAAUCCCAGAAUGUUUGAGAAUUCUAUGAUCUCAGGAAUGCUAUUCCCCACAUGCUUUUGGAAGGUCGAUCUACCUCUUAGCCCUCAACCAGCCUUCAUACAACCGACCCCUGUUGAUUUUUUAAAGUCACUUCGUCAUCAAGUGUGAUGUGUAAAUGGCAAAUAAAUUUGAUUUCAACUUAAUGUGUUUCAUCCAUCAGGUGCAUGCAGUCAUUGGAGUGCUCACAGACGACACAGACCCAAUGGUAACCGUCAUGAAACUGGAGAAAGCACCACAGGAAUCCUAUGCGGACAUUGGCGGACUCGACAAACAGAUUAUGGAAAUCAAGGUUUAAAACUUACCGCGCGUAUAUUUACAAGACAAAUUGUAUUUCCAUCAGAAAUGAGCUAAUUUUUAUUUACAUUAUAAAAUUUGCAUUUCAAAUCGUUGUAGGAGUCCGUUGAACUUCCAUUAACGCACCCAGAACUUUACGAAGAAAUGGGUAUUCGACCUCCUAAAGGAGUUAUCUUAUACGGUCCUCCUGGUACAGGUAGGAAAAUCACAUGAAUGUAUAGAUUGCUUUCACCAGCACUGGUGUAGUGGUCACCACGCUUGCCUUUUAAGCUGGGAGACCCAAUUCUUGGUCAGACCUCUACUCAAGGCCUUAAAAUAAUUGAAGAGAAAGAGCUACCUUUACAUUGACAUCAGUAAAUAGUCAGACUUUCGCGUCUUCUCAAAUAAAGACGUUAAAAUCGUAGGUACCUCGGAUCCCCUAUCAAUUGGGCAAUAGCUUCACCAAUGAGCGAGAAACUCGAUAAACUGAAGUAUAGCUGUUUUGAUGUGGUGAGCCACACUGACGCUGAACCAAAUCAGCAACGGAGUGUUGUUGGGUGCAGUAGAGGAUCAAAUCAGAGGUUCAUAUUCGUAUUUAACACACAAAAUUAUCCAGUCAAUCAAUUAAUUUGAACUCACAAGCUGUGUUAUUUUCUUAGGGAAAACCCUGUUGGCAAAGGCCGUCGCAAAUCAAACUUCAGCGACUUUCUUGAGAGUCGUUGGAUCUGAAUUAAUACAAAAAUACCUGGUAAGAACCAUCAUACAGUGUUUUCAAUACGUCAGAAUCAUUUCCUAACAACUUACCUGAUCAAUCAUUUGAUAGGGUGACGGUCCAAAACUGGUUCGGGAACUAUUUCGUGUCGCGGAAGAACACGCACCAUCGAUCGUAUUUAUCGACGAAAUCGAUGCUAUCGGAACGAAAAGGUGGGUUCUGUUGUUGUUGUUGUUGUUGUUGUUGUUGUUGUUGUUGCUGUUAUUGUUGUUGCUGUUGUCGUCGUCGUCGUUGCUGUUGUUGCUGUCGUUGUUGUUGUUGUCUCUUGCUUGAAACUGCCAACAGCAACAUGCAACGCCAGACAAGAAGUUCAAACACUGAACGGUAACAAAUCUGUUUACAGGUACGAAUCCAAUUCGGGCGGUGAACGUGAAAUCCAAAGAACGAUGUUGGAAUUACUCAACCAGUUGGAUGGCUUCGACUCCAGAGGAGACGUCAAGGUAAAUAUUGUGGUCGAUAUACUGAAUUUAUUAAAAGCAUGUGUCCAGUUAUGCUUGAUCUACUAAAGUUUCAAAUUUUACAGGUUAUUAUGGCGACAAACAGGAUAGAGACACUGGAUCCAGCGUUAAUCCGACCUGGUGAGUGUUGUUUAGCGGAUGGAAUAAAUUUCUGGGUUUUGGGUGGGGGUGGUUGCGCACUCAGGCCCGGAGCUACGGGGGGUGACACCCCCCAGUAAUUGUAUUCAGUCGGCAGGACUGCUAUUCAGUCGGUAGGACUGCUAUUUGGGUUAAAUAUUUUUGGCGCAAAGGGCAAGAACGUGUUGGGAAUUUUUGGAAAAUUUUGAGGAAAAAUGUAAAAAUUUUGGAAAAAUGUAAAAAAAUGUUGAAAAUUUGUUAUGUGCGGAAAAUUUUUGAAUGUUCCGGAAAAUUUUUGUACGUCCGGAAACAUUUUUGGACCCCUAAAAUGGUACAAUGACCGAAAUUUUUUUGGCGACGGGGGGGGGGUGGGGAGGGGGGAGGUCGACAAAAAAUUUUGGUUCCGGAAAAGUUUUUUUUGAACCAGUCCGUUGAAUUGACCUUAUUACACCCCCCCUGAAGAAUUUCCUGAGGACGGCCCUGUGCGCACUCCCCGGAAAUGUGAACACCCCACCUCCCGUUAUAAGCAAUGCACAUCGAAAUUAUCACAUGUAAAACUUUACCAGGACAAAAUCAUGUGUGAUCACUUUUCUUGACAUACAGUCAUUUACAAUGGUGGUGAAGAGGUGAAUUCCUAAAAAUUCUGCCACAUCCUUUAGAUAUAGAAACACAUUUUCUCGAAAAUCGAAAUCUGUUCAUAAUUGCAUAAACUUCUUGCAUUCUAUUUAUUACUAUCAUCAUUUGCUAUCUUACCUGUAGGUCGUAUCGACCGCAAGAUCGAAUUUCCGUUACCCGACGAGAAAACCAAACGUCGCAUAUUUAACAUCCACACAAGUCGCAUGACGUUAUCUGACGAUGUCAAUCUCUCCGAGUAUAUCAUGGCUAAAGACGAUCUCUCUGGCGCUGAUAUUAAGGUUAGUAUACAACAUAAUAGGAGAAAAUUAUCCUGUAUUACUUUUGAGCGGAGUCUUGCACGAUGUGUCAUUUCAGGUUUGGUACUUUCACGUUUCACCCUGCGUUCAAAUCAAAAGCUACAUAAUUUCAGCAGAGUCAAUCUGCUAUUUUUGUAUGACUCUGCUCACAGGGUAACUCCACGUGAAAUAGUCAGAUCCAGUGAUCUCUAUAUAUCUGGAGCGAGAACUUCAGUCAUUCGGCCUAUGCGAAAAGUGCAGCCAAGAUGUCGGAAAUCUGUGAAGGUCGUAAAGAGUUUUCCAGGGCGGGAAAAAGGAAUUUUCUUCCUGGGAGCACAGCCCGGAGGUAAAAAUUUCCUGCAGACCAACAGAGUAUUUUUGUGCUAAAUCUGCAUGUGCAUAAACACAUAGUGUUCUAGCUGAGCAUGGUUUUAAAUUCAAGGAAUAAUGUCUGUCAACCAUAUGUUGUUGCGCCCAUAGUGGGACAUGGCUGUUAAGGUUUCCUUCAAAUUUUCAACAGCAAAUCUUCACUCAAACUAUUUUUUUGCAGCUGUUUAACAUUCCCUGCGAGCGGUGCUCACAUAUUUUCUCCAUCCCUGGAGUAUUCAUACCAUUUUCCCCAGCUAAUUCCAGUUGUUUCUAACGGAUCAUAUCGCUAAUCAAGUUAUCAGUUCAUAAAACGACCGAAGUCAAAACACGAAAUUUCGGCACACACCUUGCACCCUCAUGUUAACCGCGCAGACAAAAACAACAGACUGGCACUAGACAUCAAUUCCCGCCAUCUUUGGCUUCACGUUUUGGACGUGAGUUCUUACGGCAAUUGCUAGAUAGUAUACAGUGUACUUCAAAAUAAGGUUUCAGUUUUUAUAUCAAUUUUUAAAAUAAGUUAGGGUUAGGUUAAGGUUAGGGUGAGGGAUAGUAUUAGGGUUAGGGUUUAGUAUUAGGGUUAGGGUUUAGUUUUGAGUUAGGAUAGUUUUUUCUACGUUAUAAAAACGGAAACCUUAUUUUGAAGUAUACUAUCUAGCGAUCACCGAGUUCUUACUCCACAUUCAAAUAUUGUGUAUCUCUUUCAGGCAAUCUGUACAGAAGCAGGUCUCCUCGCUCUAAGAGAACGUCGAAUGAAAGUCGCGAACGAAGAUUUCCGAAAGUCCAAAGAAAACGUCUUGUAUCGAAAAUCUGAAGGCACGCCUGAAGGACUUUAUUUAUAGACACUGUUGCUUUAUGAAUAUGUUUGUUUGUUUAAAGUGAAUAAAAUAAAUUUGUAUCUCAGUAAAUACGAGUGUGUGGUUGUAGUUUUCUAGUCUGGUACU